AUGACAGAAAAAGACCAGCCAGCGCCUCCUGCACGGCCCUCAGCGGAUUCCAAGAACCACCAGAUCCAGGAAGACGACGGAGAGAAGUCUUUUAUCAGCACCUCACCGCGGCGACAUGCACCGGGUUGGUCGUUGUUUCCUAUGCCCUUGACUGUUAAUCAAAACCCGCCUCCUGAAAGACCUCUACCUUCCCUCCCAUCAUAUAUGGAUAGCGAUACAGAUUCAAGUACGGGCGCUGCAGAAGUGAGAGAUAUUCCACUAUACCGAAAUCGCGGACAGUCCUCCAUAUCAUCAUCCAAGAAGAAGCAUUCAUUGGAGCGGUCUCGAGGGUCACCAAAACAGGAAGUCCGUACACAUAUACUCAUCGCACAGUCACCAAAAACGCCAGUGCAUGCACCGACAAGAGUAAGUAGACGUCCCCCAGAAAGAUUUCAGCAAUACGAUUUCAGCGACCUCGCAUACGUAACAGAGCCAGUAGCUGAACCAGAGCCUGAAAGUCCGUCUUAUAUCUCCGCGAUCAAGGAGAAAUCAUCAGCAAUGCCUUUCUCUGACCAUGGCUCUACAGUCGAGUCCAGACCACGCUCAAGACACUCCCAAAAUGGCUCUAUCAUGUCGUCGCAGACACAUUCCACCUCGUUGCCCUCCCUUGCGCCACUGCAGCACAAGAUUUUAGACGAACAUGAUUUACUCGAACCGCUGAAUGAGGAGGACAUCGAUCCUGGAUCAUUCGAUUUGGUUGCACCACCCAACUCAGAAGUGUUCAAAGCAUACUCUCUAGAAACAAGAUCAGAGCAGGUCUUUUCGACGGAACAUCUCAAAAUUAUCUUUGCAGAUCCAUCUCUUCUCUUACAAUUCACUUCAUUCCUCAGUGCCCAGCGACCAAGCUCGGUGCCCAUCUUAAUUUACUAUCUUGAUGCAGUCAAAGCUCUCAAGGCGAUCAAUUAUGCAAAUGCCAUUGCAGAAGCAUUAGAACCUAUUUCCGGCUACGAUUUUACAGCAAAUAUGGUUAAAUGCACAGUUAACGAAGAUCUUAAGGAGAAAGCUAGACACAGUUUUGAUGUAAUGGUUAGAGAAGACUUACCGGCUUUUAUCGCAUCAACGUAUACUCAAUCGGUCAGCCUGUCGAUACAGAGAAGGAUCACUGGAACAUUGCCGCCGCACUUGCGAGAGGCUUCAGAGGGCCUUGCCGAGGUGUUCUGUUUGACAGAUCCUUCGAGGCCAGACAAUCCUAUUGUGUUCGCGUCCGAAGAAUUUCACCGGACUACGCAGUAUGGUAUGUCUUACGUCCUUGGGAGAAACUGCAGAUUCUUGCAGGGUCCAAAGACGAGCCCACACAGCGUGAGAAGGUUGAGGGAUGCUGUCGAUGCCGGCCGAGAACAUUGCGAGGUUUUCUUAAAUUAUCGACGUGAUGGUUCUCCUUUCAUGAACCUUCUCAUGACUGCUCCGCUCUGCGACAGCCGUGGAACGAUACGAUAUUUCAUUGGCGCUCAAGUCGAUGUUUCUGGUUUAGUUAAGGAUUGCGUUGAUCUGGAAUCAUUACGGCGCUUGGUUGACAGGGCUGAAAAUGUGGAUGGGGACGAAACUCCGCAUGCGAGUGGUGACCAGGAGAUGCCUCCAAAGGACGAAUUUCAGGAGCUAAGCGAGAUGUUGAACUUACAAGAGCUCGACACGGUGCGGAGAUGGGGUGGAAGGAUGCACAAGGAGUCGCACCAAGAAGUGCAGGACACCAACUACGCAUCCGGAAACUGGUCGAAACCCAGACUACUAAUCAACAAUAGCCCCGAUGGCAAAAACUUCGAGUCUAUAAGCCGACCAAGCGGGAAAUUAAGCGGAAUAUACGAGAACUACCUCCUCGUACGCCCAUUUCCAAGCUUACGAAUCUUGUUCGUAAGUCCAAGUCUACGGGUUCCGGGUAUUUUGCAAAGCCCCUUCAUGGCGAAGAUAGGUGGCUCAUCUCGAGUCCGUGAAGAAUUGACACAAGCGCUUGCAGACGGGCGCGGUGUGACUGCAAAGGUUCGAUGGGUAUCGAAGAAUGAUCCCGAGGGUCGAAAUAGAUGGAUUCACUGCACUCCGUUGAUCGGUAGUAAUGGAGCCAUCGGUGUUUGGAUCGUUAUAAUUGUGGAUGAUGAAAGCACUCCGGCUGGGAAGAAGUUCAAGAUGGCUCCACCAGUCGACCCAAAAUUUGGCCGGUCUGUUGCACCUUCAAGAGAUUCAGGGAGUUUGAGAGAUUUUGCAAUGUCUCACAAUGCACACACAAGAGAAGGCAGUGUGAAAGGAGCCGAAAGCUUGAGGAGUUAUCGUGAGUUGGAGACUGGUCGAAGUGCCAGCCCUUAUAGUCUGAGGAUAGGAUGA